AUGUCCAAGACAUUCUAUUCCACUUCCUCUCCGUACGAAGAGUCCAUUGGCUACUAUCGCGCCGUUCGUCACCACAACCAGAUCUUCGUCUCUGGGACUACAGCCGUCGAUCCAUCUUCAUCAACAAAAGCACCCCAGAUCCUCUUCCCGGGCGAUGCAAAGCAACAAACCCGAGUGGCGCUUGAGGAAUGCAUCAAGGCCGUUCAAGCCCUAGGUGGCAAAGGAGCCCAGAGUAUCGCUCGGGUCAGGAUGUUCGUCAGUCACCAUGAGCAUUGUGCUGCUGUUGGAGAGGGAUUCAAGGACAUACUAGGGAAGCAGAACCAAGGCGAAAAUGACCUUGUCGGCGCGGCGGCUACCAUGAUUGUGGUACAAGAUGGGUUCAUCAACAAAGAAAUGUUGGUCGAGCUGGAGGUGGAUGCUAUCGCUGAUGAGUCUAGCUAG